AUGGACGAGAGCAUCGAGGAAGCAAAUUUCCAACUCUUCCGCGAUUGUCUCUCCACGCCCCUCAUUGACAAGUCCUCCACAUCGCCACCGAAGAAGAAGAAGAAGAUCCGAAGAGCCCGCGGUACUGGAAGCCGCAAGGCAACCGUGCAAAUUCCACAGAAUGUAGAAGAGGAUCUAGACAGGCAGAAUGAUGCAGAGGACUUGGCGGAAUUUAUUGAUUAUCUUGCGAGCGAGAUCUUCACCUCACUGCCCCAAGACCUCAGGACCCUGACCUACUCCAUAUAUUUCAACAAUGCCUCGCUCCAAGCCAAAUAUAGUCUUCCGCUCUCCACCCAAGCCUUCGCCCAAUUACUCCAUACUACUGCUCCCUCCGCAACCGAUACCCUCAUAGCGUACUACUCAACUUCCCCAGACGACGAUCUCUCAUCCCUUCUAUCCCACACCUUAACAGCUUAUCUAACGCACCAUACUACGCCCCCUCCUCCCCCGUCUCAAACCCGCGAUUUAGCCCAGGCUUGCGAACUCUGCGAGCGAUCGUGGAUCCCUCUAACAUACCACCAUCUCAUACCCCGGGCUGUGCACGCGAAAGUCCAAAAGAGGGGCUGGCAUACGGAGGACCGGCUGAAUAGUGUAGCGUGGCUGUGUAGGGCUUGUCAUAGUUUUAUACACCGGGUUGCGAGCAAUGAGGAGUUGGCGAAAGAGUGGUACACAGUUGAACGGCUGAGGGCGAGGGACGAUGUUGGGGGUUUUGUGGGAUGGGUUGGGGGCGUGAGGUGGAAGGCUAGAUAG